CUUUUAUUGUUUCCGAGCGCGCGAGAAUUUAGUUGAUUUUUGUGCGAAGCUGCGUGCGGGCGUGGAUCUUAACCAGCACAAACUUUAUAUAAUUGUCUGUUUGUCUCUGCUCGGCAUUAACUCGAUAGAACUUCUAACAAUAUUUGCGAAGCAUUCUAACGCAAGGGCGCUGAUCUGAGCCAAAUAUGAGUGAAGUCCCUGUGAGCGUUGUUCCACAUGAAUCCAAUCUCGCUGCGGAGAUUUAUCACAGCAUUGCGUCAACGGCCAUCGAUCAGAAUGUGGUCAUGUCGCCGCUGCUGCUGGAAGCCAGCCUGGCGCUGCUCUACCUUGGCUCAGAUGGAGCCACCGCAGAAGAGUUCCAGAAGUUACUGAGGCUUAAGCAACGCUUUCCCAGCAAUGCCAAAAUGGCCAACUAUUAUGCGGCAGAGCUGGCAAAUGUAGCGGGAGAUGCGGAUACUCACUUUGAGCUACAGAAUCGCUUUCUGAUACAGCCACAAACCGGAUCUAGUGCUGGAGACUUAGCUGAAGACUUUCAGAAAAUUGCUCAAACAUAUUUUCAUGUGACUGCGGAGAGCAUCAACAUGGAGCACACCGAGAAGCUGCGGCGUCACAUAAGCGAACAAAUAUUGGCCAGCGCUGGUGGCGGCCACUGGCAAUCGACUCUUGUGGAGAGUAGUCCUGCGGCCAAACUGCUCCUCUUGCUGGCGGCGAACCUGCACAGCAAAUGGUUUCUGCCCUUCAGUGCAUACCGCACGGGUCUCUACGAGUUCCACAGCAACGGCAGUCUCGACACAUCGAAGCCGGUGGCUAUGCUCUUCGACGAUGACAUGUUUGUGAAGUACGCGGAGCUGAGGGAGCUCAAUGCUCGUGCCAUUGAACUGCCCUACGAGCACGCCGAAGAAUUGUCCAUGCUGCUCAUCCUGCCCAACCAACGCGAUGGCCUCUCGCAACUGGAAAAUCAGUUGCGCGGCAUUGAUUUGGGCACAUUACAGCAGUCCAUGCAAAUGGAGGGAGUCCAGGUGCUGCUUCCCAAAUUCAAUAUCGAUUUUGAGUGCAGUUUGCGGCAGCCGUUGAAACAGCUCGGCUUUGAGGACAUCUUUUUGCCAUCAGCGAACUUUAAACAUUUGCAUCCCGCUGGGCAGCUGCCCGUUUGCGACGUGCUCCAAAAGUUGCGAAUAAAUCUAAACGAGUCUGGUUCUGGCUCGGAACCAGCCAAAGUCGCAGCAGAAUAUAAACCCAUUGUGAUCAGCAACUCCUCCCGUCAAAAGUUCUUUCGCGCCGAUCAUCCCUUUUUCUUUGCAAUACGCAGCGAGAAUGUCACUUACCUGAUGGGACACGUGGUAGUGUUGUAAAAUACCCAUUUAAAAUGGUGUUGCACAUGUGUGGAAGGUAGAAUUAAAUGAUGUAUUUUAUGAAACUUAUUUA